AGGUUAAAGGACCAUGAAUGUAGGGGUCAGGGAGACUGUGAGAGGACUUACGAGAAGCCUGUUGGACAGGAACCAGGAAAGGCGAACAAAGUAAAAAUGACAGAAUCAGACACUGUGGAGUCAAACCUCGUCUUGUCCUCGCCUCGUCUCUCCUGAGCUGAGCAUCAUGGAUCCCCGUCUGCUGCUGCUGCUGCUGUGGAGCUCAGGAGCCCAAGCUUGCAAUGAGCUCAUAUCAAAAGAGUCCGUCAGGUUGGUGGGAGGCGCCAGCCGCUGUGCAGGAACACUGGAGCUAAAACAUCUGGGAGAGUGGAGGCCAGCGGUGGUGUUUGUGUCGACUCCGAAGGCAGUCGCUGUAAUUUGUGAACAUCUGGCCUGUGGCUCUGCUGUUUCUGUAGGAAGGAGAGAGAAGGCUCCACACAGGUCAGUGUGGUGGAUCAAUGGUCUCUGUGUGGAGAAAGCAUCUGCUCUGUGGAGUUUCUGUGUGUUUCCUGAACCCUUUCCCUUCGCCUCAGAGUUAACCUGCUCAGGCGUCCGAGCUGAAGAAAAGCACAAACCAACAGAGAUUGUCAGGUUGGUGGGAGGAGCCAGCCGCUGUGCUGGAACACUGGAGCUGAAACAUCUGGGAGAGUGGAGGCCAGCGGUGGUCUUUCCGUGGUCCUACAAGGCACUUACUCUUGCUUGUGAACAUCUGGACUGUGGUGCAGCUGUUUCUUUAAGAACAAGAGAGGAGGCCUCACACAGGUCUGUGGUGCAGGUCAGCGGUCCCUGUGUUCAGGCUGCUUCUGCUUUUUGGGGUGUCUGUCUGGGACCUCAUUACGAAUCCUUUCCCGUCCAGAUCCAGAUCCUGGAUCUGACCUGCACAGACUCUGUCAGGCUGCUGAAUGGUUCCAGUCUGUGUUCAGGCAGACUGGAGGUGAAGUCUAACCAGAGCUGGUCCUCAGUGUGUGACGCUGACUUUGACCAGCAGGAUGCAGAGGUGGUCUGUAGGGAGCUCGGCUGUGGGCCUCCUUCGGUCCUCCAGGGGGCGCUCUAUGGAGAAGUGGAGGCUCCAGUGUGGAGCAAAGAGUUCCAGUGUGGAGGCCAUGAGUCUGCUCUCCUGGACUGUAGAAGCUCAGGCUCAGCUCGAAACAGCUGCUCACCUGGCAAAGCUGUUGGACUCACCUGCUCAGAGCCUGUCAGGUUGGUGGGAGGAGCCAGUCGCUGUGACGGAGUCCUGGAGCUGAAACAUUUGGGACAGUGGAGACCGGCAGAGUCCUUAGUUUGGAGCAUGGAGACAGUUGCUGUCUUCUGUGAACAUCUGGGUUGUGGCUCUGCUGUUUCUUUCAGACAGCGAAAGAUACCUCAAAUAAGAGCUGUAUGGUCUAUUUUUGGUCAGUGCCUUCUGACCACAUCUACUCUACAAGAUUGUGUAUUCCAAUAUGACUCUGACAACUCCCUCUAUCUCACCUGCUCAGACCUGCUGGUUCAGCCAAUCAUCUCUCUGUCCUCCAUUAACGGGGUUUCUGGGGAUCUGCAGCAGGGGCUUCAGGUGUCCAGUGGCUCCAGCUUCACUAUCAGCUGCUCCAUCCAGUCACAGUACCCAGGAGGCUCCUUCCAGCUCAACUUCACCUCCUCCAACACGGCAACCAGCUACACCCAGCCAGCUGUCAAUCAUGCUGCCAACUUCCUGUUUCCUGCUGCAGAGCCGGCCCACCAAGGAAACUACAGCUGUGUUUAUCACGUCUACAUUUUGUCUCGUAACGUCUCCUCUGAGAGCCACCAGCUGACCGUCACUGUUUCAGGCUAGCAGCAGUCACAACUAGAGCUGCCAGGAGGACGCUAAGCGGGUUUACUGGGACCUUUGUGUUUGAGCAGUUUAAGAGGACAAAGCUCAGGAAGCAGAGGAUGACCUCCAAGGGGCAUCAUCUCAUAUCCAAAUGAAUUCCUCCACUAGCACUCAAGAAAUGAUUACACACUUUUCCUGUUCAGUUUUCUUUGAUGUGCAUGAAAAUAAUUUGCUCUGCUUUUUGUAAUGAGCCAAUUAAAUGGAACAACUUGUAUUUUCAUCUAAUAAAGUUCAUACAG